AUGACAUCCAGAAACCUCAACAAGACCUGGCGCGAUAUCGUCUUUGAGCAGUACGAAGCCGACCACGCAGCUGACGUCCCCUUUCCAAUCCACUACUUAAUCUACGGCGACCAGUGGAAAACAGAUAUCAUCAUUGAUAUCCCCAACAAGAUUGACGUGCCCGUCUUCCGUCAAGCUCUCCUCCACGCCGCUAGUUCAAGACGCCUUGAAAAAGACCCGGCGUACAAAGACGACCUGCUCAGCAUCCGAGCACGUAUUCCGCCUUCUUCCCAAAGCAAGAAUGAUGCUCACUCGCAAGAUGACGCUGCUGCUGCUGGCAACAGCGGCUAA